UUUCAGUCGACCUAGCGCAUGCGUUCACACUAGACUACCGAUAUUUAGUACAGGUUGCAUGUAACCUGACCGCUUUCGAGUUCUUCCAUACAUUCCGGACGUUUUCUGAAACAAUUCGCGGAAAAUUCGAAUUUGCUUACGGUUUUUUAGCCUAGAGAAAUCGCAUUGUUCGCGUAAUGUUUCAGUAAUUUAAUUACGAAAUUAACGUCACUUUUAUCAGAAUUAUAAAAUAUAGUAAAGUCACAUGUUCGCAUAUCAUUCCGAAGGUCUUGUUGGUGCAUUAUACCCAUUAAAGUCGGCAAGGGUGCAUUUCCCUGGAUAAGAAUAUAAAUUUUCGCGGAAAAGCGACACACAGUUCACUCUUGGAUAUUCGCCGCAAAUAAUGCCAACGGGAGUUACAAUAAAAUAAAUUAAUUUUUUGGUUUGCUACUUUGAGUUUCCGCAUAUGGGGUAGUGUUGGUAUUUCGGUAUUUUGCACGCUAAUUCCCAUUCAUACUGCGACCACCCGCGCAUAGGCUACAUUUUACCGGUCCUAGAGUAUCUACUUGGCGACGUAUUAUGCCGUUCGCUAUCGUGCAGCUCGAAAUCUAGAAUUAGUACACUUUUGGGAGCGAUCCAAACAAUUUUCUGUGAUUUAUACUUGCGGCGGAAGGUGGUUUGAUAAUACUCAGUACUACUGUUGUUCGGCGCGUAAACACAUAUUAGUCCUUUCUCGUUCAUAAAUUUAUCGCGGCGGUUUAUGUUUUCCUUCCCUGAGGGCACCUAGUCCUGGAUGCGAGUCGGGCACCCGGUCAGCGUCCUGUUGUAUUUCAAAAUUCAGAAGUAAGGCUCUACACGUGUGGAUUCGUUUGGCUCAUACAUGGGAAUGUUGGUGAAUGAAUAAUAGCAGAAACGGUUGGUAUUAUAAUUUGUAAGGACUAAUAGCAUCGUCUUCGAGCAAUUUAAUCACGUGACGGAUUACAGUGAAAUUAAAGUGUAUUCUGUGAGUGAAGUGAAAAAGCUUUUACUUUGUGUUGGAUUUUGGUCCUGAAAUAAAGAAACUCCAGCUGCGCGGAACUAUCGGUUACUGUUACGUGGAUUUCAAGUCUAUUGAACGUGAAUAAAAGUAUUUCAUCGAAUCAUUCGGGACCAAAUAGGAUAUAAAUUCAACAGAAGAUGGCGAAAGAUUACAGCACGCUUGGAUGGGACUAUGCUAUGUUUGUCGCCUUCAUAGCAUUCUCAACAGUUGCCCCGUUAUGGAGUCGUCUUCGCGGAAAGAAAAAAGCCGGGGGAAAGGCCGAUUACGUCUUUGCGACAGGAAGUGUUUCAGUUCUCGCCAUGAUGUUAUCUAUAGCCCGCGGUACAUUAGGAAUCCGUGCUGUCUUAGGAUACCCAAGCGAAUUGUUUUAUAGAGGUUCAGCUAUGUGGGAGGUGAUUUAUGGCAUGGUUAAUGCUUAUCCUAUUGUUUGCUUCAUAUUUGUGCCAGUCUAUUUCAAUUUGGGCAUUACCUCAGUAUAUCAAUAUGUGGAUCUUAGAUUUAAGAGCCGUCUCGUAAGAUGCCUGGCGUCAGCAACUUAUAUAUUGCGUCAAAUUCUAUCCUUAGGAGUAACUGUUUAUACACCAAGUGUUGCGUUAGCGACCGUCAUUGGUAUACCAUAUUGGGCGUCAAUAGUUGGAAUGUCAGCAAUUUGCAUAUUGUUCACAAUUUUGGGCGGAUUGAAGGCAGCCAUUAAUGCUGAUGUGAUACAGAGCCUGACUGUGAUAUUGGUUACAUUGGCCGUAAUUAUUCAAGGAGCAAUUGACGCUGGGGGUCCAGCUACAGUUUUUAAUCGAAAUUUAGACAAUGGAAGACUCAAGUUUAUGAAUUUCACCGGAGACAUGACCGUCCGAGUGGAUACGUUGUCAGCAUGGCUGGGGCAACUAUUCAUGUCCUUGUCGCAAUUUGGAUGCCAACAGAAUUUUAUGCAACGCUACGCCAGCAUGAAAUCCCUGCGCGAUGUUAACAGAGUCCUCAUGUCCAACAUCCCAGUAAUUAUUGUCUUCUUCUCCCUGUCAUGGAUAGCUGGGAUGGUGGUCUAUGCGGUGUACGUUAGCUGUGAUCCAUUGGCAGCCGGCUAUAUUACAAAGCCUGAUGAAAUUCUACCGUUCUUUGUCGAAGAUCGACUUUCCUUUAUUCCCGGAUUUUUAGGUAUUUUCAUGGCAACGUUGUUCAACGGAGCGCUAAGCUUGAACGUGUCGAAUCUCCAAUCGCUCGCUACCGUUGUCUGGGAGGACUUCUUGUCGCAGAUGCCCCAAUUCAAAGGACUCAGCGACAAGCAACAAUUGAGCAUAAUUAAGGUAGUAGGAGUAAUUUUCGGAAUCUUGACGAUGGGCAUUGCUUUCUGCGUAGGACUAUUGUCUGGCGUAAUUGAAUCAUCCAUGCUGGCAUUCUCCGCAACAUCUGGACCGCUGCUUGGUGUCUUUGUGCUGGCUAUGCUUAUUCCGAUCGCUAAUUGGAAGGGAGCGUCAGCCGGCAUGAUUAUUUCGCAUAUUUUAAUAAUUUGGCUAACGUUCGGUAGCUUCACUGUACCCAAGCCUCCAAAUUCGAUGCUGCCAACGUCAACUGAGAGCUGUGACGCCUUCAACUUUUCUUCAUCGAUUUCCAAACCUGCGACGUCGUGGCUUGUGUCUGAUGUGCCGAAAGAGGCACUUUGGUCUUUGAACGAUACAUAUACAACUACACAGCCACCUAUGCCAGAAUUAUCGACACUCCAGAAAGUUUACUCGGUUUCGUACAUGUACUACAGUUUAAUUGGCACCGCGAUAACUGUUAUCAUUGGAGUUCUUGUGAGUUACGCCACCCAAAACAAGGAAGACAACUACGAUUCGAACCUGCUGCACCCUCUGAUAUUCAAGUGGAGUCAAUGCUUUAGUGGUGAGAAGCCUUACUAUGUGCGCAAAAAUCCCCCAGAAAACGGUAACCCUAGACGGAAUCGGGUUCAAGAACAUGAUAAUCCAGGGUUCGAGGAGUCGGUAGACGACCACACUGCGUCGACUGCAGUGCCAUCGUCCGACAACGACUCGAACCAGUCGACCAUUUAUCCCGCGACUGCACCCGAUACCAACCCACCGAGCCCAACAACCGCACAUCCCGACAUAAUGGAGUGCAAGCACUGGGAAGGCAAGACUGGCGUGUAUCGAAAGCGUACAGAUGGCGACAUGGUGUAGUGAAGGCUAGAACCAGUUCAGUAGCGUAGUUAGGAAAUCAGUUCGUGACUUGUGGGAAAAUAUGUGAAACUACAAUAAUGCCGAUAGUUGGUGCCGUCUGCAGUGGAAGCAGGAAUUUAUCCGCAGCGAAUGCUUCCACAACAAUCUGUUCCCCACAUAAUAGAGUGGAUAUCAAACAACAUUUUUUGUACUUAAAUCAAUCGAAGGUUAAUUAGAGAUAGAUUCGCUAAAAUUCGUAUAUAUAAUGACAAUAACUCCAUUUACAUAUUUAAAACGAUAGAAUAGUAUUAUGUUGAUGUAAAGCCAAGUAAUUUAAGGUCUAAAGUCGAGACUCAAACUACGAGCGUGAUCCUCAAGCAGAUUUUUCAGUAAUAAUUUAGUAUUGUUCAGAUGUGCAUGGCUUGAAAUAUUUGCGUCUAGAUGAAUUUCGAUAUGAAUUUGAUUAAGGUUGCCGAGUAGUGCCGGAACUGGCGAUUGUUUCUUUUAAAUAAUUUACAACAAAUAAAACUUUGCUUCAAUUGUUAAAUAACUAAGACCUUUACAAGCUGCGUUUUAAUCCACAUGGAGGGACAUUGGUAGAUACUUUUAGCUCCGUUGGGGCUGUCCCGAUAAUUAACACAAAUAGCAAUUAUAGAAUAAAAAUGAAACCUCGAAUAAAUCACAGAAACAGUGCAUACGCUUAAACGUAUCCUAGCAUAGCAAAACGUUGAUAGUUGAAACAAAGUAAUCUUAGUUUUACUGGACGAAUGAGUUCUCUCUAAUUACGAAACCACACACCCGCACAAUUAUGACGCACAACAGUGUGGGCUGUGAGAUACUUUAAACAAUGAAAUUAAUAAGCUCGAAGCCUUAGCCUAGGACUCAAAGUCAAAAUAUUUUUAUACCUACUGUACUUAAGCUCGUUCAGAGAAUGUUUUAUUGCUCAUGUAAGUAUCAUUUCGUAGAGUUCGUAGUUAUGUAAGUUAAUAGUAACGCUAUGUCCAUUUUUGAAAGUAUUAUUGUCAACAAAGGCUGCUCGUAUAGCUUCAGAUUAAAUUUCAAUUUUUAAUUUAGUUAAAUGUGUAAGAACUUGGUGGCAUUCGUAAAUAAAUUUAAAAAAGGCUCA